UAUCGAUAAAUAUCGAGGAAUGGCAAAAUUGCAAGGAAGAAGAACCAUUUUUUGAUCGUUAAUUUUGGACAGGACAUUGUUUUGAUUCAAAAUGGAGCUGAGAUUGGACAUGCUGACCCUGUGCAGGACCUGCCUGCAGGAUGGAGAGGCCCACAUGGUGUCCAUUUACGAGGGAGGCGAUGACAAGCUGCGCGGCGGCCUUUCCCUGUGCGAGAAAAUCGAAAGUUUAAGUGGAAUUCAGAUAAAGCCCACGGAGGAGGAGGACCUGCCCACCAGGAUAUGCCUCAGAUGCAAGGCUUUCCUAACACUGGCCCACAAAUUCCGACAGAUUUGCCAGCGCUCCAAUGAAUUUCUCAGGGAGUAUGUGGUAAAGGAUGCAGUGGCACAGGAUGCAAUGGAGGAAGUGCCAAAGGAUGCAGGAGAGGAAGUGGCUACCCCUCCGGAUCCUACUCCUCCUCCACCCGUGGAAACAGAGCAUUUCGAACCACUCGAGGUGGAGGUGCUCGAGGAGGGAGCCUGGUCUACCGAAGAUCAUACCGAGGAGACUCCACCUCCACUACCCGCGGAGAAGGAGAAACCCUUGGUGCUGGCCAUGCAAAUGCUUCCUGCUGCAAUUUCUGUUCCUGCUCUCUUAUCCACAGCUCCCGCAAUCCCCCCCAAACUCCAUGUGUGCGAGAUCUGCGGCAAUGGAUAUCCCAGAAAGAGUACUCUGGACAGCCACAUGCGCAGGCACAACGAUGAGCGACCUUACGAAUGCGAGAUCUGUCACAAGAGCUUCCACGUCAACUACCAGUUGAAGCGCCACAUCCGUCAGCACACGGGGGCCAGACCAUACACCUGCCAAUAUUGCCAGCGCAGCUUUGCGGAUCGAACUUCCCUUGUAAAGCAUGAAAGAACCCAUCGAAAUGAGCGUCCCUAUGAAUGCAAAACUUGUGGAAAAACAUUUACCUACUCCAGUGUCCUCAAAAUGCACUACAAAACACACACAGGGGAGAAACCUCACAUAUGUCGACUCUGCGGCAAAACCUUUGCCCGCAUCCACAAUCUGGUGGCCCAUCUGCAGACUCAACAGCAUAUAAAUGAUCCACGAUUACCAGCUUAUCUAAGCACGUUGAAAAUGGGGAGUACUACAAAUAUAGCUUAAGGAUAAUUUACCUCUUUAUAGAAAUAAGAAUAUAAAGUAAGAAUGGAAAACUUUCUUAGAGAGACAUGUCCAGGAAGUGCAGAUAUCAAUUUUAUACAGAGGUAGUGUUUUGUAAAAGUAGUUAAUUUUAAACGAUUAUAUUAACUUGCUAAGUUGUAAAUUUAGUAAGCAAAUUAUAACACAGCU